CGCUUACAACGGAAUUUUCCAACUCCAGCUCAAGUCUCAAGACCAAAGUCCCAAGCUCCACCCAUACACCAAGAUGCCGUCCGCUCCGUCCACGAAGAAGGCCAACGCCGGCCCCGGCUACUACGACCUCAUCAAGGAGGCUGUGUUCACUCUCAAGGAGCGCUCGGGCUCGUCUCGCCACGCCAUCGACAAGUACGUCGCCGCAAAGAAGGGCGCCAGUUACUCCAAGUCUCGCCUUAACAUCGCGCUGAAGCGUGGAGUCGAGUCCGGCAAGCUGGUGCCCGUGAAGGGCUCGUUUAAGCUGGCUGCUGAGGAGAAGAAGGGCGCCGCCAAGAAGCCUGCUGCCAAGCCUGUUGCUAAGAAGGCGACCUCUGCAAAGAAGCCUGCCGCUAAGUCGGCCAAGAAGUCUGACGCUAAGAAGUCUACCAAGACGGCUAAGAAGCCCGCUGCGAAGAAGACGUCUACAAAGAAGACGACGAAAACAGCCAAGAAGCCUACUGCUAAGAAGGUCACCAAGUCUACAAAGAAGGUGACGGCUAAAAAGCCCAAGACUACCAAGAAGAAAGUGGUGAAGAAGUCGGCGGCUAAGAAGACUGCCAAGAAGUAAGCUACAUUAUCGCCUGCCACUAUGUUCUUUUACUAGUUCGUAUUCGCUGGAGCGACGCGGUGUCGUGUCUCCGAAGCCUUUAUUCUUAUUUUUCCAAAUGGAAUCCAACUGCUUUGAAAAAAAA